CUCCCUCCCUCCCUAGUUUUGUGUAUGUGUCUUUAUGGAUCACCUAGACCGUAAACAUAAAUUUUACACAGUUAGGUGCAUAGAAUUAGUCAGUUAGAAGAACUAAAUUUAUACUACUCCAGGAUGUGUCAUAUUAUGUUCUGACAUUCAAGCAAAUUAUUUUUUCAUAUAAUGUGUGUUGUAGCAAAAAAAUUUUAUGACUAUGCAUGCAUUUUGCGUCAUAAUGGUUGAAUCACAGUAUGUUGAUGUAUGUGUCCCCAAACUGAUAUAGACUGGUGUAUGUUGUACUACCUUAUUUUUGCUGCUUGUUUUGCCACAUGAGUCAACCUGCACGUGGUAAUUUCCAUGAUGAUGUCCAAGAUGACCAUGAGUAUUUAGACUCGUCUGUAGAGAUACUGAUGAUGAAAAUUAUGAGCAAUGCACACAGUCAUAGUUCUGGUUUUGGCCAUUUGAGUUCACUCGAAGUUAUCUUUUUUUUAGAUUAAAAAUGCUCUCUCUUUCAUGAUAUCGGUUUUUUUGGUUCCUUGUUUUAUAUUGUAAUUUCUUUCUCUUUUCUCUCUUUCUCUCCUGCAUUAGGUGUGCACUUCAUUGAGGCACUUCAUUUCCGAAGCAUCUGGUCCAAGUUUUUGAACUGGCCAGCAACAACUACCACCAACGCUCCCACGUAUUUCUAUUUAGAAGGGGGGACAUGAUCAAAGAUAUGUCCAAGUUUGAUUGCGUACAAGGACACACAUAUGGAAAAUGCAAUGUAUUACCUUUCAAGUCAACUUGUUGUUACAAACAAACUAGGGGUAGAACACCAUCUCCAACUUGUGUUAUUGAUGGUGCCACUUUUCAAGAAGACACUCGUUGAAACUGUUCAUGAGAAUAUGUCUUCUGAGACGCUGAAUGAUGUCACUGAACUGGACACAAAGUAUGCAACAGGGAAUAUUCAGCUCCACAAACUGCUCACAAUAUUAUUAUUGAUGUCUUGCAGGAAUGGAUCUGCACGUCAGAAACAAACAAAAAAAAACCAGUGGAUCGUAGGGGAGAACAAGGUUUUUUACUUCCAUCACUGUAGCCUGAGGGUUCAUACUAUAGUUUUGUGCCCAGAUGUGCUCAAUCCUUUGCCUUCUUUUGCUUUUGGGAAAGGGAUCCUCCAUGCCCCACACGUGAGAUCUGGAAGAGAGGGUUGGGGAUGGGAGGAGGAUGAACAGAUCUGUUCUCUCUUUCUUUUUUUCCUCCUAUUCUGUAUCUUUUUUGGUAGGAUAACGAUCUGACUUGAGAUUUAUAUAUGGACAGUCAGUCAUCGGGGAGCAAACAUGCAAGCCCUUUUUUUGGGCGGGCUUUCAUGAAAA